GUAAAUGUACCAAAUGCUGACACUCCCCCAAAAGCUGACACCCCGAAAUGUGAAUUUAAAUAUUAAGAGGCCCUCUAUUAAUCAGUUAUCAAAUCUACAUCAGAAAUAUUCUUUAAAUAUUCCUAUUUCGUACAGUACAAAAAGUUUUCUCUAAUACCGACUGUAACUGUCAUUUGACAGUAAUGGUAGUGUGCGCGCGCCGAUUCCCGCGAAAUUUAUCCAAAAUCUUAUCAGAAUGGCAAUGCGAAAAAAUCUGAAAUACAGUGAAGACUCAAUGAGGCAAGCCCUCCAUGACGUUAAAUCCGGAAUGCCUGUUGCUAGGGCAGCAAAAAAAUAUAAUGUUCCGAGAAUUACUCUGUAUUAUAAAAAAAUGGGAAAAUAUCCAGAAGACAGAAGAAUCGGUGCCCCAACAGUUUUAACUGUUGCAGAAGAACAAGCGCUUGUUAAGUGGUGUUUCUUUUUGAGUGAUAGGGGAUUUCCCGUCACCAAGAACCAGUUACUUGACAGCGUCCAGCUGUUAAUAAAAACAAUGAAAAGACCCAACCCAUUCCAAAAUAAUCGCCCAGGGAGACACUGGUACGAAUUAUUUUUGAAAAGGCACCCAAGAGUAUCUUCCCGAACGCCUCAAAAUUUGACCAGUAGCAGAACGAAUGUCACCGAAGAAAAUAUUAGACACUGGUUCAUCGAAAUCACAGAAUAUUUUAUUCAGAAUGAUUUAAUGGAUGCAAUGAGCGAUCCCACACGGGUGUACAACGCUGACGAAACAGCAUUUUUUUUAUCUCCGAAAGGAUCAAGAGUUUUGGUCCGAAAAGGGCAAAAAUCAGUAUACAGUUUUGUGGCUAAUGACGAAAAGGAGUGUUUAACUUCUUUAAUAAAUGCUAAUGCAGCUGGUAAACUUGCUCCUCCCAUGAUUUUAUUUUCUUAUGAAAGAAUACCUGCUGCAAUUUCAUCUUUAAUGCCAACAAAUUUUAGUAUCGGCAAAUCAGAAAGUGGUUGGAUGACGGGGGAAACUUUCUAUGAAUAUGUCACAAACAUAUUCUACCCAUGGCUUGUCGAAAACAACAUUAAAUUCCCAAUCGUAUUUUUUGUAGAUGGUCAUGUGUCACAUUUAACAUUAUCUUUAAGCAAUUUUUGUAAAGAAAAAAAAAUUGAACUUGUUGCCCUUUAUCCAAAUGCAACGCAUUUAUUACAACCUAUGGACGUUGCUGUUUUUCAUACAUUAAAACAAACAUGGAAAACUUCAGUCCACAACUGGAGAGUCUCACAUUCUUAUGAAAAAAUUAAACGUGAAGAUUUUGCACCUUUACUUCAUGAAACUCUAAAGAAGACAUGUUCAGUGGAGACUAUUCAAAAUGGAUUUAAACGGUGUGGCUUAUAUCCUCUAAAUCCUGAUGCUGUGGAUUAUACGAAAAUUAAAAAUGUAUCAGGUAUUAGUAAACAGAGUGAUGAUAAUUUAAAUAAUAGCAACCUCGAGGGUUAUGAUGUCAAAGGUUGUCUCCAAAUUAUUGAAAAAAUAAUUGGAUCUGAAAAAACUCUAGAAUUUAAGAGCUUGGCUUCAAAAGAAUGGAAUGGAAACAUUGAAGAUACUUCUUUAUACCGGUUGUGGAUGUCACUAAAUGAUAGCCUCGUAGGAGAUGUUGCUGAAGAAAGAAAUCUCCAAGAAUCAAAUGAACAAAACUUGCAAGAUAGAUUCCAAACAGAUGCUCAAAGCUUGGAAGGGUAUGGAAGUCCAAAAACGGAUGAGCAGUUACUUUUAGAAGCGGAGCAAAUGGAAAAUUUUAUCGAUAAUUUGGAAAUUCCUAAGGAUCAACCAACUUCGUCAAAUUGUUUAGAUGUUCCUUCUCCGUUUAAACAAUGUUUAUUUUGGCCUGCUACACCAAAAAAAAAAGAUGGGAAACGUAAACCAAAAGAAAAAAUCCCAUCCGUCGCAACAUCAUUUCAAUGGCAAGAAUAUCAUAAGAAAAAGAAUGCAGAAAAGAAGAAGAAAGAAGAUGAAAAACUAGAACGAAAGAGAAAAAGAGAAGAAAAAAGCAUAUUAAAAGAAGGCAGUAAGAACCAAAGAAAAACGGGAAAAUUAAGUCCAGACCAACAAGAUUCCGAAGAAAAUACAAGCCAAUGCCUAGAUACUUUAAAUAUUGGUGACUACGUCGUUGUAGAGUAUAAUAAAAAAUACUUCCCAGGUUUAAUAUUAAAUGUUGACGAAGGAAACUUGUCCAAAUACCACGAUGACGAUUUGUACAAUUUCCAAAUUUCAGCAAUGGAAAAAAGCGGAUGUUCUGGAUGGCGAUGGCCCAAAAGAAAAGAUGUUUUGUGGUAUAAAUUAGAGGAUAUAAAACAGUCCAUUUCUAAGCCAGUAUUAAUUAAUAAUAAUAAGAGAGGGCUUUUUGCAAUCCCAGAAAUGGAUAAAUAUAUUUAAAG